AUGACGCUGCCCACUGAUGGAGUUCAAACCCAGGGCCCUUGGCCUGCUGGUGAGAGUGACGAAAGGGAGCUGGCCCACACGACUUCCCACGCGUCUGUUCAAACUCCUGACCGCGGUGACGCGACCACCCACGACAUUCUGGUCCCUGACUUGGCGGAAACCGAUAUCAAUCGUCCCAAACUGGCAACUGCUCUCGAAAAGCAGGGAAAGGGCCCCUGUGACGAUGCGAAGAGACCUUCGCCUGCUGACGAGGAUCGGCUUUUCGAUCGAGAGCGUGCCGUGACAAUCCAGUACCUUAUUGACCAUGUCGCUGAGUUUCGUGAGCUCACUGAAAUCCGCAAGAGGGGCUGGGACAACCCCGAGGGUGACAGGUACUUCGAGCGCCAGCGAAAGCUCGGCGACGAUGCGAAUCCAGGAACGACCAAGAUAUUCUUCAGCAUGAUGAACCACGUUGGAGACAAAAUGCAGCAGGCUACCGGCGUCUUCAAUCUCACCAGCAAGCGACCGAGCAUGCUUGCCCUGGGUUUUGCCCCCGGCGGCUUUGUCGCCCAGGCCUUGAAAGUCAAUCCCCACGUCCAGGUUGUCGGUAUCACGCUACCCAUGAAGGAAAACGGCAUGGAGAGUCUUGUCAAGAGCCUGCGUCUGGAUUGGAUCCAGGCAGAUGUCACGAUGCUGGCGGUUGAUCUCGGCGUCGCCCUGCACGAUAUUCCCACUGACCACCCUGAUGCGAAGCGCUUCCUUCAACGAGUUAUCCGACCUCGACAGCAAUUCGACUUGGUCACUUGUGAGGGUGGUGUCCUGCGUACCCACCAGAUUGCGUCCUAUCGAGAGUCCCGCGAGGCUCAUCGUCUGAAGGUAUCCCAGCUGGCGAUAUCCCUCGCCCGCGUCAAACCUGGUGGUAGCAUGAUCAUGUUGAUGCACAAAGCCGAGACUUGGAAGAGCCUCUCCCUGUUCUACCAAUUUUCGAAGUUCUCCAAGGUCAACCUAUUCAAGCCUGAGGUGGAGCACCAGCACCGUUCAAGCUUCUACAUGAUUGCCACAAAUAUCCAGAGUCAGUCGGAGGCGGCGCAGAAAGCGGUCAAGCAGUGGACGAGUGAGUGGAAGACCGCUACAUUUGGGACCGACGAGGAGUACAUGAAAGAGUGCCAAGGCAACGCCUUGGAUGUGGAUGAGGUCCUCAAAGAGUUUGGAGCGAGCUGGGUUGACAUGUGUCGAGAGGUGUGGGCUCUCCAGAUCAAGGGCCUCGAGAGAAAAUCAUUCACUCAGUGA